AUGGAAAAUAUCAAAAAUUACGAUCGUGAUGAAAUUCUAACAAUAUAUAAAGAAAAUUUAAAAGAAGAUAUAAAAGAAAUCUUUGCUGAAAAUUUGAUUAAAGAACAAAAAGAUUUGAUCAAGAAACAAGAAAAUUUAAUCAAAAAAUACAAAAAUGAUCGUAAAACAACUUUAAAAAUUACAAAAGUA